UUAUCUUGCACCGCGUGGUGCUGCAAUUAACUUUUUCCUUGAUUUUGCGUGGAAAAAAGUUAAAAAAUCUACAAAAAUGAGUUUGUACAACUUCAAGAAAAUAAUGGUGGUCCCGCCAGCUAAGGACUUCAUCGACAUUAUGCUGUCCAAGACCCAGCGUAAGACUCCCACCGUCGUGCACAAGAACUACAAAAUAUCGCGUAUUCGUGCCUUCUACACGCGAAAGGUGAAGUAUACACAACAGAAUUUCCACGACCGACUGUCGCAGAUCAUACAGGAUUUCCCCAAGCUAGAUGAUGUCCACCCGUUUUAUGCAGAUCUGAUGAAUGUGCUGUACGAUAAAGACCAUUACAAAUUGGCAUUGGGCCAGUUAAACACAGCCAGACAUCUGAUAGAUAAUGUGGCCAAGGACUACGUGCGCCUGUUGAAGUACGGUGAUUCGUUAUAUCGCUGCAAACAGCUAAAAAAGGCCGCCUUGGGUCGCAUGGCUACUAUUAUGAAGCGUCAGGCUUCUAACUUGACAUAUCUAGAGCAAGUACGUCAGCAUUUGUCACGUCUACCAACAAUCGAUCCAUACUCGCGUACUAUUAUUAUCUGCGGGUUCCCAAACGUGGGCAAGUCUUCGUUCAUUAACAAAAUCACACGCGCCGAUGUCGAGGUGCAGCCCUAUGCCUUCACAACCAAGUCCUUGUACGUGGGUCACACAGACUACAAAUAUUUGCGCUGGCAGGUCAUCGACACGCCCGGCAUACUUGACCACCCGCUGGAGGAACGCAAUGUCAUUGAAAUGCAGGCUAUCACUGCCUUGGCUCAUUUACGCGCUUGCGUGUUGUACUUCAUGGAUAUUUCGGAGCAGUGUGGCCACUCGCUGGAGGAGCAGGUGAAGCUCUUUGAGAGCAUAAAGCCACUGUUCACAAAUAAACCACUUAUAUUGGCUAUAAACAAAAUUGAUAUCCUGUCACUGGAGGAUUUGGCCCCCGAGCGGCAAGCCAUAAUCACAAAAUUGCAGGAGGAUAAACAAGUGCCUGUCUUGUUUAUGUCCACAGUGGAGGAGACCGGUGUCAUGGACGUGAAAAUAGAGGCAUGCGAGCGUUUGCUCUCGUAUCGUGUGGAUCAGAAAAUGCGCACCAAAAAGGUAGACAACAUCCUGAACCGUCUGCAUGUAGCAAUGCCGGCGCCCCGAGAUGACAAAGAGCGUACACCAUUCAUUCCGCCUCAAGCUUUGGCGCGUUUGGAAGAAAACGCGGCCAAGGCUGAACGGAAGCGUAAGCUUGAGAAAGAAAUAGAGGAAGAGAUGGGUGACGAUUACACGCUUGACCUGAAGAAAAAUUACGCAGAAAUACCAGAGGAAGAGCGCUACGAUGUGAUACCAGAAUUCUGGGAAGGCCGCAACAUUGCAGACUACAUUGAUCCAGACAUAUUUGACAAACUUGAGGAGCUUGAGCGCGAGGAAGGCUUGCGAGAGGCAAGUGGUGUCUACGAAGUGCCCGAUAUGACCAUGGAUGAAACUCUUAAGGAGAUUCGCGAAAUGGCAAAAUUGAUACGAGGAAAACGCUUCGAUCUGCGCGACGAGAAGCGUCUCUCCGCCAGAAAGAACAAGCCAGUCAUACCACGCAACAAGCAACCCAAGGUGCGUGAUCGUUCUGUCCACAAACUGGUUGAGACGAUGGAGAGCCUUGGUGUUGAUAUGUCUGGAACCGAAAAUGCCAACUUCACAAAAUCCGUAGUCGAUCUACGUCGUGGCGUUGUGGCUGUGGGAUCCAAGAAGCUUCCGAAGCUACCACUGUUGGACAAGGAAUCGUCUGCAAUUGUUAAGAAGACCGGACAGCCUCUGAAACGCCAACCAUCACGCGAUACUAUGGGCAUUAAGAAUUUGGCGAUCAGGAAGAAGGCACAUGAUAUGGCUAAGCGCGACAUUGCCAAGAAGGUGACAAAGAUGGGUCUGAAAGGCGAGGCGGAUCGCUUCAUCGGCACCAAAAUGCCCAGACAUUUGUUUUCCGGAAAGCGUGGCACAGGCAAGACGGAUCGUCGUUAAGAACUUUUAUGACUAUUAUUUAGCGCUUAGCUUUAACUGCAAUGCUAACAAACUCUGCUGUAGAAUUUUGAAUCGAUUACCAACAAAUACAAAAAUGUAUUUUUCCAGAAGAUGUACAAGAAA